AUGGACUUGGCAGAGUCCAUCCUCAGGUCAAUGCAGUUGAGUCGGCGGCUGUUGGUGGUCCAGAGCGGCACAUGCGUCUGUGAGAAGAGCGAGCAGCUCCUGGAGUGCCGCUUGUGCGUAUACCUGCACAGUACCUGGGGCACCCCGCUCAUCAGAGUGCGGCGGCAUCGCUCACCCACCGCCCCCUGCUGCCCAGAGCUGACAGAGUUGCGCAGGCGCGCCAUUUGUGUGCACUGGCACGAAGAGCAUUCGCAACACCACACUUCACACUUUUGGAAACGUCUGCGGCUUUCGCUGCCACUCCGGCCAAUCGCUCUUGGCCCGAGGCUCAUAGACAGCACAUCGUCACACUCUGACCUGGCAACGGUGGCGCUGCGGCGCACACAUGCUUCCUCAGGACCAGAGAGAUCACGUGGCUACAUGACACACGUUGUCGCAGAGCUUCAUGUGCACGGGAUUGUGGGAGAAAGUGUACAUCUGCAAUGUAUUGUGAGUGAUUCCCGCUCCAUUACACGAGUAUACUUUCAGAAGGAGGGAGAGAAAGAGGCGAUCUUCUUGAAUGGUUUUGAGCGUUCGCCAGUAUCUGACUCUGUCAAAGCCUAUGUCAAAGACUAUGUGAAUCGGACAGUCGUCGACAGAACCAGGAUGAGCAUGGAGUUGCUCCAUAUUUCACUUGCGGAUGAAGGAGUCUACACGUGCGUCGCCUUUUAUGAACCGAAGCCUCAUGUAGUCUUACACAAUGACACAGUGAUUCACCUCAAUGUCACAGCCAAUUACAGCGUUCCUGAGAUCUCCAUCGAUCGGUGCAGCGAUGGUCCCACCCCACAGAGCUCGAAGAUCUGCGUCUUCAGUUGCUCCUCCUCAGGAGGAUUCCCUCUCAAAAACAUAAACUGGUUUGUGUCUGAACACAAGAACAGCUUGCUGAGGGAGAACGGGGAUGGUGUGAAUGUGAGAGACCCAGUGUCGGGGGUUUGGAACGUGUCCCAGAGUGUAACGCUCAACUGCAGCCAGCCGGUCAACAUCAGCUGCUCUGUAGGGGGCGCCGUCUCAGAGCUCCUUCAUGUGUUGCAGCAAAUGUACAGUAAAGGAGGCAAAUAG